AUGGAGGCGGCUAGUACAAUUGAUGAGGCGGUUUCCGGGGAACUGCUGUCUGUUGCACAUGCUCUCUCUCUUCCAGCAGAGUCUUACGGCAAUGAUCCUGAUAUUGAGAUGGCAUGGGCCAUGAGAGCAAUGCAGCAUGCUGAAGUCUACUACAAGCUGAUUUCAUCAGUUGACCCACAGUUCCUGAAACUUACCAAAGUAGAUGACCAAAUCUACACUGAGUUCCGGGACAGUUUUGAGAAACUCAGAAUAGAUGUAUUGGACCCAGAAGAGCUCAAAUCAGAAUCAGCUAAAGAGAAGUGGAGGCCAUUCUGCUUGAAGUUUGAUGGGAUUGUAGAAGACUUCAACUAUGGUACUUUGCUGCGACUAGAUUGCUCUCAGGGCUACACUGAGGAAAACACUAUCUUUGCCCCCAGAAUACAAUUUUUUGCCAUUGAAAUUGCUCGGAACCGGGAAGGCUUUAACAAAGCAGUUUACACCAGUGUGCAGGACAAAGAAGGAGAGAAACGAUCUGACAAAGUUAGAGAGAAAGUAGCCACAAGUGGAGGAAAGAGGGGAGCUGAAAAAGGAGGACAACAUGAGAAAGCUGACAAAGGGGAAGAAGAGAAAAAAGCCGACAAAGAAACCAACAAAGGCAGUGUAACAGCUAUGUAA